UUCCCGAGGCCCCGCCCCCUCGGGCCUGCAGCCGGGCUUCGCGUCACGCACCUCCGCCCCUCCCGCAGCCUGGGCCCCGCGGGGCUCGGCUAGCGUGCGGGCUCGCUCGGCCUCUCCACCGGCGUCUGCGUACCCCACAGUCCGGGGUCGGCUCCUGCCCGCGGCGGCGGAUGGCGGCCUGAGGCCUUGCCCCGGGAGCCGCGCCUGCGCCCCACGCGAGGUAAGGCCCGAGGGACGGGCCGGUCGGAGACGUAGGUCGCCCAGGCCUCUCGAGAGGGGCGGCGGGGGCGCCUGCGGAGACGCCGGGCCCGGGGCGGCUGGACGCGUCCGUGUGCGUCGGGCCCGGAGGGGCGUGCGGGCCCAGGGCUAGCGGUCACGACGCCGGCCGGCGCGCACGGCCCACGUGCGCCAUCGCGCCCAAAGCCCGGGGUGCAGAGGCCCGCCCGCCUUUCUGCCGAGAGUAGCUUGUAAACGUUUACUGCGCUCGGCGCUGUGCGGGAGAGGUAAGGAGAGUGCGGAGACGGAGUCUGACAGCGCUGGGCGCCGCCCGGCCCCCGGGAGCAGGGGCGCGAGGCCGCGGGAAGGACGCCGCGCGUACUUCUCCUUCAGGAGCGCAGAGUCACCUGGCCGGACGGCUCCCACGAUCCCCCUUGAGGGCAGGAGGGCGGGGCGGGACCACCAGCCGAGGGGACCCCGCCUGUUUCCCUCCCCGUUAGAAAUCGUCCUUGGAGAAGAUGGAAGGGGAGAGGCGGCCGGCACCCUACCAGGGCCUGUUUGCGAACGGGCACCUGGUCCUGUGGACGCUGUGCUCCGUGCUGCUGCCCGUGUUCAUCACCUUCUGGUGCAGCCUCCAGCGUUCGCGCCGACAGCUGCUCCGCAGGGACAUCUUCCGCAAGAGCAAGCACGGGUGGCGCGACACGGACCUGUUCAGCCAGCCCACCUACUGCUGCGUGUGCGCGCAGCACAUUCUGCAGGGCGCUUUCUGCGACUGCUGCGGACUGCGCGUGGACGAGGGCUGCCUCAAGAAGGCCGACAAGCGCUUCCAGUGCAAGGAUGUCAUGCUCAAGAACGACGGCAGGGCCCCAGACGCCAUGCCCCAUCACUGGAUCCGGGGCAAUGUCCCCCUGUGCAGCUACUGUAUAGUUUGCAAGCAGCAGUGCGGCAGUCAACCCAAGCUCUGCGAUUACAGAUGCAUUUGGUGUCAGAAAAUAGUACAUGAUGAGUGCAUGAAAAACAGCAUAAAAAAUGAGAAGUGUGAUUUUGGAGAGUUCAAAAAUCUCAUCAUUCCACCAAGUUACUUAACCUCCAUUAAUCAGAUGCGUAAAGACAAAAAAACAGAUUAUGCAAUGCUCACCUCUAAACUUGGAAAACAGUGGACUCCAUUAAUAAUCCUGGCCAACUCUCGUAGUGGAACCAAUAUGGGAGAAGGACUACUGGGAGAAUUUAGGAUCCUCCUCAAUCCAGUCCAGGUUUUUGAUGUAACUAAAACUCCCCCUAUCAAAGCUCUGCAACUUUGUACUCUCCUUCCCUAUUACUCAGCCCGAGUACUUGUUUGUGGAGGGGAUGGCACUGUGGGCUGGGUCCUGGAUGCAGUUGAUGAAAUGAAGAUUAAGGGACAAGAAAAAUACAUUCCACAAGUUGCAGUCUUGCCUCUGGGAACAGGCAACGAUCUCUCCAAUACUUUGGGUUGGGGCACAGGUUAUGCGGGAGAAAUACCAGUCGCACAAGUCUUAAGAAAUGUGAUGGAAGCAGAUGGAAUUAAACUAGAUAGAUGGAAAGUUCAAGUAACAAAUAAAGGAUACUACAACUUAAGAAAACCCAAGGAAUUCACAAUGAACAACUACUUUUCUAUUGGACCUGAUGCACUCAUGGCUCUCAAUUUCCAUGCUCAUCGUGAGAAGGCACCAUCUCUGUUUUCCAGCAGAAUUCUUAAUAAGGCUGUUUACUUAUUCUAUGGAACCAAAGAUUGUUUAGUCCAAGAAUGUAAAGAUUUGAAUAAAAAAGUUGAGCUAGAACUGGAUGGUGAGCGAGUAGAGCUGCCUAAUUUGGAAGGUAUUAUAGUUCUGAACAUUGGCUACUGGGGCGGUGGCUGCAGACUGUGGGAAGGGAUGGGAGAUGAGACUUACCCUCUAGCCAGGCAUGAUGAUGGCUUACUAGAAGUCGUUGGAGUAUAUGGGUCUUUCCACUGUGCUCAGAUUCAGGUGAAACUGGCAAAUCCUUUUCGAAUAGGUCAAGCACAUACGGUGCGGCUGAUUUUGAAGUGCUCGAUGAUGCCAAUGCAGGUAGAUGGGGAGCCGUGGGCCCAAGGGCCCUGCACUGUCACCGUGACUCACAAGACACAUGCACUGAUGUUGUAUUUCUCUGGAGAACAAACAGAUGAUGAUAUCUCUAGUACUUCAGAUCAAGAGGACAUAAAGGAAACAAUAAAUGGAUGAGGGAGUGAAAAACGUAGUAUAGAAUCCUCACAAACAAGUAGAUACAUCAUUCCUCCAAAGGCAGACAUUCUCUAUCAACUAUUUAGUCUUAAUUUCACUAGAAGUAUAAUGGGUAUACAUAUAUGUAAAUAACAUUCCAAAAACAGCGAAACUUCCAGUUGUUUACAAAUGCCUGUUCUUCUUUCAGCAAAACACUUUGAUCGUAUAGUACUAACUUAAAAAAAAUCACAAAACAUACAUGAAGAUGAAAUGUUUUCCAUGGCUUUAUGUUUGAGAGUGGGACUGACUCACUGUGAAGUAUGCACUCUCAUUCCUUAUUCUUGAACCACGUACAUUUGAUGGAUACAUUAUACAUCCAACAAAAUUGGGAGGAAAAUCAUUUCUAUCUUAAUUUUUAAUAUGUUGAUGCCGCAACAUUUUAAAAGUUAACUUGAAAGGAGAUGGUGAAUGUCAAACCCACAUGGUUAAUGCCGGGCAUCCUUCAGCAGCAUGCCUCUUAAGAUUUUCUACAGCCUAGCACCAGGCGGAUCCAUACAUACCUAUUUCUGGGAAACUGAAAGGAGAAAUGUAAAAGAAAGACAAUACUUAAAACUGUCAGUAUAAUUUUUAUUUUAGGAGCAUUCUCAGACCCCUGAAUGAUGUUUACUAAUCCUAUUAAUGACCAUGUUGAGCUGAAAUUCAAUAUAGCCAAAAGAGAACCACAUAGGUUAAUGGAUCAAAAUUAGCAUUCAGAGCACUUUGGAUUCAAAGUUAUGGGUUCUGAGCUAGACAGUUCACCCAGCUUCUCUUUCAGUUAAAAACAAUUGAAAAAAAUGUACUAAAGAAAAUUUAAAUAUUCAGAUUAAUUGCUCAAAAAAAGUGCAAUGAUGAGUUUUAAAAUUUCAGUGGUCUUAACAGUAUUUUGAAGUAUGGUAGUCAAAAAUAUCCAAAGUACUUAACCGAAUUUCCCUUCGGGAAGUGGACAGAACCCUCUGCUAAAGUGUUAUUAUCAUAUUUACUUAAAAAUGAGAUCUAUUUUUUUUUACUUAUUUAUUUUCUUCAUUGUGGCAUACCUGUGUUUAGUGUUUACAAUUAUGGCUUUAUUAAGUUAAAUUGAUCACAAAUUGUGCUAGUCACAAUCAGAAAUGUAGUCUAUUGACUGAGUAAUUAAAACCUGUAAUUUAAUUCUGAUAAAUAUAUUAUCCAGAUAGUCUUCAUAAAGAUUGCUCAAUAUUUUUAAAGUAGGGGAGGUGGGGAAUGAAAGCACUGGCAACCUACUGAAAGUUUUGUUUCCCUGUUUUAUUUGACCCUCAAUUGCCAACAACUUACUGAAGGGCUAGUCUCCUGGUGACCCGUUAGAGGGCGCUCUUCUGUUAAUCAGGCUUUCUCCUUGGGUCUUGCACUUAGGCGGACGCCUGAGGCCUCCAGCCCGGUGUUUUUCUAACAAAUGGCAUGUUUGUGGACUUGGUGGUCUUUCAUGACAUUAAUCUCUGAAAGGCGAGAACAUAGCUCCCAAAACACCAUUAGCUCCUUAAGGAUCUUCGUGACUCUGUCAUUCAUGAAUUGCCAUAAACUUAAAUUUCACACACCUUCAGGACCAGUCCAUAUUUUGAAGGAACAGCUUAGUAGCAUAUACAGUUAGUCAGUACUUCUUAGGAAAUAUUUUUAAUUUUACUUAACCUCUUCCAGAUCUCAGCUGGAGAUGCUAAAUUCUAGUAUUGAAAGAUCUUGUGAGCAGAUCUGUUUUCACCUUAUUCACACACCUUUCAGGGUAGGUCACCUGCAGUGGUGGGAGACUUCUGUCAAGUUUCUUUUAUGGGCUGAUCAUGUUUUGAGUAUAAUGAGUUUUAUUCUUUAAUUCAUGGUCAAAACUGUUUCAGAUACCACAUUUUAUAAAUACACCGUUAAAUGCACUCUGCUUUAGGCUAUAUUUUUCUGUAAUUCAUAGUGCUAAUUUUAGAAUCAAAGUAAAUAGUUAAUUUGGAAUAUCAGAAUUAAUCAAAAUAACUAUAUAGUUUUUGUUAACACUAUAGUCUUAACCACAACAUUACAUUGGAUUUAGAAUAGGUUUAUGUACAAUAUCCUCAUUUAUUUAAACAAGUUGGUUUUUUAAUUUCCAUAAUCCAGUAAGGUCUUUUUCUCUAUUGAUCCUUCAUGAAGUUUUUCUGUUGCCUCAUUCUCUCAUUCAGACUUAGUUUUAUUUAGGUAAGUUAUUUCAGAAUACUAUAUCAUAAAACAUCUUAUUUUAGUAAAAUUCACUUCUUAGGCACAUUUACCCAGCAUUUCCAAUAAGUGUAUAGGCAUGUGCCUUGCUUUAAAGUAUAAUUUACAAGACACAUGUUUGCAAGUAAUAUAUUGUAGGAGUUGUUUACGUUACAAGGGAUUCUACACUUUGAAAGAAUAAUUUGCCACAGGAUUUUCCUGUUCCAUAUUAAACUGUCUUGAUUUGAAAAUAAUAAUAACUUCUACAUUCUCAGGAAGGAAUAUAUGAAGUAAAGCAUCUCUCCUGUCUGUUUUCAGAUUUCUCUCAUCUUCUACUGUCCUAAUACAUUCCUAACUCCUCAUAAAUUUAGUAGCUUAAAUACUGGCUUCCUGGCAGCUCUUACGGAUCCAUAAGUAAAUGGUGAUCAUUUUCAGUGCUUUGUUAUAGUUAAAAGAAUUCAAACUGACUUGUGUUUUAAAAUAUAGGUUGUCUAAUGGUGAGAUUACAUGAUCUUAAAUGCAUUUUAGGUUUUCUGCUACAAUUAUCUGUGAACCACUAAUGUAACUAAUGUUUAUAAAAUUUUAUAGUCAAAAUUAUUUAUUUUUAUUUUUUUAGGGUGUGUCAGAUGUGUAGUAUUUGUUUUUUGAAAUGUUUGCCUACUUAGAGUUGUAAAAUAUACUGUGAUGCAUAAGUUGUAAAGUCCUGUUUGCAUUGUAAAAAUGACUACUACCAGCACGUCAGAAGAAAAAUAGUUUGCAUUUGUAAUAUAAAGUAAAAUUGUAUUUGCUGUAUACUAUGGAAUUUUAAAUUUGCACUAACUAGAAAACUUUGAAGGCUACAUUAAUUUAGAUUCAUGUGGAUUCGAAUACAUAAUCUGUACUUACCUGGCCAAAAAGGUCAAUAGAAUGGGUAAUAAUUUUGUGUGGUUUUCCCUCAAAAUGGUAACAGUAAAGCAAGAACCAGCAUUUCAUAUUCAGAGUUUUUUUUCAAUUCUACCUAAUUUGGAUAUGGAAUGUGGUAUGUAGGUAGAUUUAUUUUUUUUAAUCUAGAAAUUUAAAAAAAUAAUAAUAAUGGUGUUACUCUACCCCAAUCUGAAUGAAGGUGUGUUUUCAGCAACACGAUAGGAGAGAUACUUUUAAAAAGUAUGCUCCUGCCUGUCUCAAAUUUUCCCUUUAAGGCCUGUGUCCUGUUUCUUAGAGCGUGACCUGCAUGCUGUCUGCAGCACCACAGUCACCCAGGGAGCUGGUUGCCAUUAUGGAUGCCUAAGCCCAGCCCGUGGCUUUGUGAAUCAGUGUCUCUGGAAGUGGGACAUGGACAUCUCUGGUUUUAUUAACAAGCACGUCAGGUGCUUCUGAUGCACACUGAAAUUUUAAAGCUACUGUUCUGCACCUCAUGUGUUCACCAGGGAUUUUGCCAGAUAGAUACCAUGCAGAAAAAUUGAAUUAACUGGAUGUUCUUAAAAUUGUCCUUCACUAACUGCUUUCUUCCUCCAAAAUCAUUCUGGUAAAGGACCUCUAUGAAGACUUGCUCAUAUCCUAUCCAAACUGAUGUGUCUGUCUAAACUCUUCCAUAAAAAUUGGUAGCCUCAGAUUCUUACAUGGAACUGUAGGUUUUGGACAGUAACCCAUGGAGUCUUGAGAACAAGCAGUGCUUCAGGGCCAGGGGCGGGGACCCUGUCAGGGGCCUGCUUUCUCUUCAGUCAGUGCCCCGCCCCCACCCUGGAGUGCUGCUUCAGAUAAGAUUGCAGUAGAUAAACCACUUCCUCUUUAAAAAAAAAAAGAUUCCACUAUUUUUAUUAAGGAUUUAGAGGCCACUACUCUAACAAAUGUCACCUGGUUAAUUUUCUGCUGAUUUUUACAUAUUCAGAAAACUGAUGUUUUUUGGUGAAAUAAUUUGGAGGUCUCAGUUGUCGCUGCUUGGAAUAUGGGCACUUGGCUAUUUCACAACUUUUAAAGGUAUUUUAUUGCAUAAUAAAGCACUGAUGUACCUCUGUUUCUCAUGUUUCUAAUUUUAGCAUAGAAAUAGUGUCUGUAUCUGAUUAACUCUAGUUGCAUAAGUAAAUACACACAAACACACACACAUAUUUUGCCCCCAUGACCCCAACUGUGUAGUCUGCAUGAAGCUUGCAGGUCUCAUGUACAUUCCAGGGUUCUGGAGAAAGAAUCAGAGAAUGCCACCCUUUAACACAGAACUUGACAAGACUUAAAUGAAAGUAUUCAAUUUAGUCAUCUGCAGAAGUGUCUGAAAAAAAUAAGUCAUAUGGAAGCUCUUGCUGAUAUUAGACCUAGGACACUCCAUCUCUACAAGGAUGCCCUGGGCUACCUCACCUUUAAGGAAAGUGUCAAAGCAAAAUGCACUUAACAGAAGAUAAACUAUAGGAUAUUUCUAUCAUAUGGUAAUUUUUGGUGAUUGACAUGAAAGGUUAAAAAGGGAGAGUU